GUCAAAAUGAGCGACGAAGAAGAUUAUAUGUCGUCUAAAUUUUUGGAAGAAGCUGCUAGCUUUGAAAACCAAACUAAGCAAGAGACUUAUUCAGAGAGAAGGAAAAGGCAACUUCGUGAGCAACGCGAAAAAGGCUUGAUCAAACCUCGUCAUGUUCUUGAAAAGGAAGAGCGAGAAAAAGGAUUAAAAACAGCAGUAGACACAAGUAAUAAAGGCAUGCAGAUGCUCAUGAAGAUGGGAUUCAAACAGGGAACAGCUUUAGGAAAAAAGGGAACUGAAGGUAUUGUUGAACCUAUCAAGGUCGAUAUGAGAAACAGUCGAGAAGGGCUCGGUAUGAGCAAAAAGAGAGAGAGAGAAGAAGAAGAAGAGUUUGAAAAGAAAAAAUUGCACAUGGAUCCUGAUGAAUUUAGAGCAGCAAUGGCUCAGAGAGCAAAGGAAAAUCAGUAUCAGAGAUAUGUUGUGGCAGCUGCGUCUAUUUGUCAAAAUUUUGACGAAGAAGCAGGUGUUGAGGUAAAUGAAAAGAGGCCCUUGUUAUGUGUAUAGUCUACUUAGUUUUUUCUGUAGUCCAACAUUUUAUGGGUGCUUAAACCUGAAAAAGAGGAUACGGAAGAUAAUGAAGAAGAAGAAGAAAAAGAAA